CCCAGUUCUUAUGUUUUGAAGGUAUGGCGCCUGAAAAGCGACUAUCUUCAAGAAUGAAAUUUUUCGCAGAACAUAGUUUUGGGAAUGGACAUGCUGAUCCAGCAGAAGUUGACAGGACAUUGUUUUAUGAGAAUGCAUCAGCUAAGAAUGCAAAUAUAAGAGAUUCGCUGGGGAGAAACAAAGAGACUUUGCUAGUUAAGGAGAAAGGAGAUAGAUUCUGGAUAUCGGGUUUCAAAAUGUGUCACAAAUCAGAGGAAAGGGAUAUGGGAAAACUGCAACAAAAUGCUCGUCACUAUCUUGAAAAAGCCUUCUUGGGGCAAGACAAAGCCCUUCCAAUAUCUGAAGAGAAAAACAAUGAUCUUAAGAAAAAGCUUGAAGAGAAUGAGGCUGAAAAGAAAGAUCUUGACAAAAAGCUGAAGGAAAGUAAAGUCGCUAAGAAAGAGCAUGAGAAGACCUUAGAUGCGCUUACUGCUGCGGAAAAGCACCAGCAGAGGGAAACUCAGAUGAACGAGAUUCUGAAAAAGCUUGAGCAGAGUGAAUCUGAGAAGAAAGAGCUUGAGAAGAUUGAAGAGGCUCAAGCGAAAGAACUUAAGAAGGCGCUUGAGCAGAUCGAAGCUCAAAAGAAAGAUCUUGAGCAGCAUGAGAUUAAAAUAAAACAAUUGGAGAUGGUUAAUCUUGACCACAGGAAGGCUACUGAAAAUUUGUUAAAACAAAAGAAAGAAAAUGAGGAGCUCCGAAAGAGGAUCACUGAAUUGGAGGAUCAAAAGGAUCAGGCUGCGGAGGAUUCAGGUGAAAUUCGAAUCAAGUUAAAGGAGAAGGAAGAAGAGCUGGCCAAUGUUGAAGCUCUUAACAAUACACUUAUUGUAAAGGAGCUCAAAAGCAACACUGAAUUGCAGGAGGCUCGUACAGAGUUGAUCAGAGGAUGGGAAUCAGCAAGUCGUGCUUUUAUUCGUCUCAAGAGAAUGGGAGGGCUUGACUGCAGGCCAUUUCAGACUGCAUGCAAGAGAAAAUAUCCUACAGAAGAAAUAAAUGUACAGGCAGCAGCACUAUGUUCUCUUUGGGAGAGUUAUAUUGGGGAUCCAAGCUGGCAUCCGUUCAAAGUUAGCACGGCUUCCUUUGGGCAUAAUAAGGAAAUUAUAAAUGAAGAAGAUGAAAAAAUGAAAAAGUUAAAGAACGAGUUUGGUGUUGAAGUUCAUCUAGCUGUGUCAACUGCUUUGCUGGAAUUGAAUGAGUAUAAUCCGAGUGGUUUGAAAAUGUCUCACAAAUCAGAAGAAUCGGAUAUCGGAAAACUGCAACAGAAUGCUCGUGACCACCUUCAAAAGGCCUUAUUGGAGCAAAGCAAGGCCUUCUCAAAAUCUGAAGCGAAAAACAAUGAUCUUAAGAAAAAGCUUGAAGAGAAUGAGGCUCAAAGGAAGGAUCUGCAGAAAAAGCUUGAGCAAAGUGAAGUCGCCAACAAAGAGCUUGAGAAGAAGAAAAAUAUGUGGCAUGUGUGGUAUAGUACAAGUGAAACUCAAAUGAAAGAGAUUAAGCAAAAGCUUGAGCAGAGUGAAUCCCGGAAGAGAGAGCUUGAGACGAUUGAAGAAACUCAAAAGAAAGAACUUAAGAAGUUGCAUGAGCAGAAAGAAUCUCAGAUGAAAGAGAUUCAGAAAAAGCUUGAGCAGAGUGAAUCCCGGAAGAGAGAGCUUGAGAUGAUUGAAGAAACUCAAAAGAAAGAACUUAAGAAGACGCUUGAGCAGAUUGAAGCUCAGAAGAAAGAUCUUGAGCAGCAAGAGAUGAAACUAAAACGAAUGCAGGAGAUGGUUAAUAUUGAGCAAAAGAAGGCUAAUGAAACUAUGUCAAAACAAAAGAAAGAAAAUGAGGAGCUCCAGAAGAAGGUCACUGAAUUGGAGGAUCACAAGGAUCAGGCUGAGGUGGUGUCAGAUGACGAUGAGGCUGAGGAGGUGUCAGAUGACGAUGAGUCUGAGGCCAAGCAUGAAGAGAUGGGUGAAAUUCGAAAAAGGUUAGAGAAGAAAGAAGAAGAGGUGGAUGAAAUUAGUAACAAGUUGAAGGAGAAAGAAAUGAAGCUGGCCAAUGUUAAAGCUUUUAACAAUGUACUUACUGUAAGGGAGAUCAAAAUCAACACUGAACUCCAAGAGGCUCGUGCAGAGUUAAUCAGAGGAUGGGAAUCAGCAAGUCGUGCUUUUAUUGGAAUCAAGAAAAUGGGAGAGCUUGACAGCAAACCAUUUCAUACUGCAUGCAAGAGAAAAUAUGAUAUAGAACAAGCUGACGACCAGGCAGCAGCACUAUGUUCUCUAUGGGAGACGUAUAUUAAGGAUUCAAGCUGGCAUCCAUUCAAAACUAGCACGGAUUACUCUGGACAUUGUAAGAAAGUUAUUGAUGAAGAAGAUGCAAAAUUGAAAAAGUUAAAAAACGAGUUUGGUGGUGAAGUUUAUUUGGCUGUGUCAACUGCUUUGCUGGAAGUGAUUGAGUAUAAUCCCAGAGUUGAAACUACAAAAGAGGAGAAGGACCUCAUGAAGACAUUGUUUAGGACUGAUCCUGGAGACCUGGACAAUGGAGACAUCGCUGGCCUGGGUAGAGGCAGGACUGACCCUGAUGUGUAUUACAAGCAAGGUGCUGUCACAGGCCCUAGGUGA